UGGUGUCAACAAUGUAAUGAUAAACAAUUUCAACAAGAUUUUUCAAAGUGGACUAGUAAAAAUAAAUUUAUUGAUAAAUUUAUUCAAGAAGCACAAUUAAACGCUAAAAAUAGUUAUGAAAUUUUGGAAUGGAUACCUUAUGAUAAAUUGUCAAGCAUUAAUUAUUAUGAUAAAGGAGGAUUCAGUGAAAUUCAUAAAGCUAUCUGGUUAGAUGGACCUAUUUUUAGUUGGAAUUUUGACAAAAAACAAUGGAAUAGAUGUAAUUUUCAAACAGGUUAUGAGAUUAUUCUUAAAACACUUAAUAAAUCAUCAAACUUAAAUAAUAAAUUUCUGGAGGAGUGGAAAUAUCAUUAUAACUGUCAGAAAAAAUCAUUUUCAAAGUUUAUUCAAUUCUUUGGAAUUACUCAAGAUCCAAAUAGUUUAAAUUAUAUAGUAGUAAUGAGUUAUGCAAAAAAAGGAAGUUUAAGAAAAUGUUUAUCUGAUAUAAUUAGAUUUACGUGGCAAGACAAGUUACAUUUAUUGAAAAAAAUUAUAUUAGGGCUUAAAGUAAUUCAUGAAUCAAAUUUAACUCAUGGCGAUUUUCAUGAUGGCAAUAUUUUAAUGUCAGAUAAUCAUAAUGAGUUAUUUAUUAUUGAUUUAGGAUUAUGUAAACCU